AGUCUCGAGCAAGCUGCUGGAGGUGGAGUGUAGACCAGGAAGGAGGUUCCUGGAAGACACAUUUCUCGUAGACUAGUUCUGAUGGCUGGGAUGACACUCGGAAGGGCUUGGCAGCAGAUGUCCUGGUUCUAUUACCAGUACCUCCUCGUCACCGCGCUUUACAUGCUGGAACCCUGGGAAAGGACUGUCUUCAAUUCCAUGUUGAUUUCUAUUGUUGGAAUGGCAUUAUACACUGGAUAUAUCUUCAUGCCUCAACAUAUCUUGGCAAUAUUACACUACUUUGAAAUCGUACAAUGACUACAGUGUGCUCAAAGAAGCUACAGACCAGAGAGAUCCAUUGAAGGAAAGAAGCAACCUCCCAUGAUGACAUGAGACUUCAACAAAUUUCAAACAUAUAUUAUGUCUAUAAAGACUAAAUUCCAUAUUAGUAGAACAAGGAAGGAAUCCCAGCUCAUGUGUUAUGUUCAUUAUUGAAGUUUGUCUAUUUUGACAUUGUGGUUAUUUGUAUUCUAAAUAUCAGUAUUUUCUUAACCUUUGGAACUGUUUCACUAUUGUUCUGUGGAAGCUUUUCUUAAUGUAACAUUGAGUAAAUUUUGAUUGCCUUCUAUUUUUUUAAUAUGAGAUUCAUUAGUUAGACCUCUUGUUUCAGCAAAUGUCUGGCACAAAAAUCUACCUGAAUAUAUUUCUAGUAUUGACCAAAAUUUUGUAGAAAUAAUAACAAGAUGAGGAAAUAUUUUAAUUGAACAUAAGAGACUUCUUUGUAAGUUUAUACUCAAGGAAUAGUCUUGGCUAUCUAGAUUCUGCUCAUUAUAUAAAAUAUUUUGCUUUAGUGUUCUUAAACAUAAAAUGUCUCCUUUCAGUAGUGAAAUAGCAAAGAAGAGCCUUCUAAAGUUAAAAUAAAAGGAAUCCCUAACUUUUUAAUAGUUAGCCCUAUUUUAUGGAUUUCUCAUUGAAAAAAAUGUUCUGUGAUAAGAUGCUUGGAGAAAUAAUUAAAAUUUAGUUAUUAGCAGCAUUGUCAUGGAAUGUUGACUUCAAAUGAUAGCUUUACUAAGUAAAUAUUAAAAGGUUUCCCUAAUAGGUAUAGCUAACAUUGUAAUCCUGUAAAAUUGAAAUUCAAGAUUAUAUUUAACUGGUGCUGAAAAAUAUAUUUGCAUAUUAUUGUUCACAAUGAAUAAUUAGUAAAGCUAUAAUUUUAUUCCAAGGAUCUUGACAAACUUUAUAAAAUACCAUUUCACACUUUGUAAUAUGUGUAUGUUCUAUAUAUUGUAAGAAUUUGCAUUCACAAAAUAUAGUUUUUCUGUGGUAAAGGCUCAUCAGAACUGAAAAAAGCAACUGAUGGAAAAACGUUUUACCAACAUUAAUGCUAUUCUUGGUUUUAAUUUCAUGUAUUUUUUUAUUUAAAUUUAUUGCUACUAAACAGUAAUCAUUUUUAACAAAUCUCUUUUCAGUGCCUCCCUAUACUAGAGAAUGGAUAGACUUCUUUUACUUUAAAGAAAAGUAAGUCAGUCAUCAAGAGCCAUUUAAUAAGCAACUUUUUUGUGUCAAAUACUGGGCUAUGUGUUACUGAAACAAAGGCAAAAAGAUAGCCAGUUUGAUAGAAUUUGAGAUAUCUAUUGUAUAAUCCAACUUUUGUCAUUUUACAAAUGGAUAAAGUUAAAUAAUUUUUCCAAGGUCAUGCAACCAAGUUAAUAAAGCCUAGGAUACUAAUGCCUAGGCUAGUAUUUUUUUUAUCCUUUAUAGAUAAUUCAUGCAAUAUUCAGAGUACACUUAAUGAGAUCAUAGCAUUUAAAGCUGGGAUUUACCUCACUUAGCUCAAUUCCCUCAUUGUACAGCUGAAACUGAGACCUACAGUACUUAAGUGAGGUCACAGAAGUCUUUCUAAUCCCAUAUUUGGGGCAGACCAGGAAAACUGAAUUAUAAUCAGAAAGACACAAGGAAGCAAUAUGUAAGUUGUUUGGUAAUGGACAAGUUGUUAAAUCUCUCUCAGCCUUGGUGUGUUCAUCCCUACAAUGACUAAUUAAAAUAAAAAUGUUUUUAUCUA